AUGAAACUAAGUUGUGCAAUAAUAACAUCAUUCUUAGUUAUUUUAGUCCACGGAUCCGGAGUUUUACAAGUAAAUGAUCAAAAAUUUAAAGAUGUUGUAAUCACUUCGGGAAAGUAUACAUUAGUGAAAUUUUAUGCUGAUUGGUGCCGUCAUUGUAAAAACAUGUUACCAGCGUAUGAAGAAGUCAGUCGUUUGUUUGAAAAUGAACCAAAUGUACAAAUUGUUAAAAUCAAUGGGGAUAAGGAUGGUCGUAAAAUGAGUAAAAAGUACAAUAUUGAAGGGUUUCCAACUGUUAUGUUGUUUCAUGAAAAUGACGAGCCCAUUGAAUUUAACGGUGCUAGAGAUGCAGAUGCAAUGAGUAACUUUGUGCAACACAUAGCGAAUAUACGGUUGGAUAAAUCUAAAGAUCUGGGAAAACCAGAUGGCGAAAAAUCACAAGUAUUGGAAUUGAACGAUUUGAACUUCCAAGAAAAAGUGCUCGAUAAUGACAAGGCUACUACGAUUGUAGCAUUUACAGCUCUGUGGUGUGGUCAUUGUAAAACCUUACUGCCAAUAUGGGAAAAAUUGGCUAAUGAUGUAUACGUCAAUGAUGAUAAGAUAGUAAUCGGUAAAGUUGUCACUGAUGAUAGUCCGGCGGACAAAUUGAUGUCACAAUUUGGCGUUACCUCAUUCCCAACUAUAUUGUAUUUUGAUUCGAGUAAAGUAGACGAAGAUGGCUUAAGAAGACCUGUUUUGUUUUAUGGUGAUAGAUCUCUUGAACAGUUAGUUUCAUUUAUUAAUGAGAAAGCAGGGUUGCAUCGCGAUACAAAUGGUGAAUUGUUGGAAACUGCUGGUAAAAUAAGCAAGUUAGACGAACUAAUUAGAGAUAAAUUACCAAAACUGGACGGAAGCGGAGUAGGAAUGGAAUUGUUGCGUGAAUUAAAUAAAAUUAUCGCAUUAAGUACCAGCCUGGUGGUUAACAAACAAGAAGCUGUAUCCAUUGGAGAUGAUUUAUCAAUGGCAAAAUAUUAUAAGAAAUUGAUAAACAAUGUUAUCAACGGAGAAACUGAAUUUUUUGAUAGGGAAAUUAAUCGUUUAACCAGAAUGAUUCAGAAUAAUAAGCAGAGCUUACAAAAGCAGACUAUCGAUUCAAUCCAAAAAAGAUUAAAUGUAUUAAGCAUAUUCACUAACCAUUUGUGA